AAACUUAUCGAACUCCCGCGCCUCCGUCACCAACUCCCCUCCUUUUAUUUUGACGCCUCUCUCACUUGAAUCACUCCCUCUCUCUCUCUAAGCAAUCUCUCUCAGCUUUAGCUCAACAAUGCACCGUCACCAGCCUCAUAUUUCUUCUUCAUCCGCCGACUUCUCUGCCUUCGACUUCAACGCCCGUCCCUCUAAGCGACGCGGCAGUUACAACUGCGGCCGCUGCGGUCUCCCCAAGAAAGGCCACAACUGCAACGUCGGCACCACUCCGAUAUCCUCAUCCACUGCUUCCGUUAUUACUACGCCUGCGCCUUCCGAUUCCUCCGCCGGAAUAUCUGCUCCCACUUCACUGUCCGCCAAUCGUCCGCAGCGUCAGCAGCACUACUCACACCUCCGUCGAGCUCUCUCCUUUGAUAAUAUUGAUCUUAGUUGUGAUUCUCCGGAGUUGGUGAACGAGGAAACAGUGGAUCCGGUUGUGUCCGGCGGGUUGCCGGCGUCGUGUUUGUGGGAGGUGCUACGUAGGUUGCCUCCGGUGGGGUUGUUGGCGGCCGCCAAGGUGUGUAAAGGUUGGAGAGAAACAUCGAGGAGGCUAUGGAGGGCGGCGGAGGAGCUCCGACUUAGAGUGCCGGCGAGAGCUCAGGUCGGAUUUGUAGGAUCGGUGUUGCAGAAGUGUCCUGGCCUUGUUAGACUCUCACUUAGAAUGGAAAGUGAUGUAGAUGCAACAAUGUUAGCGUGCAUCGCGUUUUCUUGCCCUAAUCUGGAGUGCAUGGAAAUCUCCACAUCUGCUAGUGCUGUCAAUCGGAUCACUGGAGAUGAAUUGGGUCGUUUUGUUGCUGAUAAACGAUGUCUUACAAGUCUUAAGAUGGAAGGAUGUUCUAAUUUAGGAGGGUUUGUCCUCUGCUCCUCGAGUCUUUCUACACUUUGGCUUUCAGAUCUCAACUCCCUUUCUAAGAUGGUCUUUAACUGUCCCAACCUAAAGGAGAUAUCUUUGGAAUUUUCUUACCAAGAGAAUGAUAGUACUGAUCUUACUGCCAUGGCUGAUGGGUUGGUUAGGAAUUGUUCAAGGUUACAAAACAUACACAUUGCAUCAACUCGACUUUCCCAUGCUGUUGUGCUUGCCAUCACAGCUGCAAGCUUAAGGGGUUUGCGAAUGCUUUCACUUGUACUUGGAUCUGACAUUACGGAUGCAUCUGUUGCUGCCAUUGCUUCAACCUAUUCAAAGUUGGAAUUACUUGAUCUUAGCGGGUCUAGUAUCAGUGAUAGUGGCAUUGGAAUGAUCUGCAAUGUGUUUCCCAACACUCUGUCAAGACUCCUCCUUGCUCUUUGUCCUAACAUCACUUCAAGUGGCAUUCAGUUUGCUACAGCACAACUACCUCUUCUUGAACUCAUGGACUGUGGAAUGUCCAUAUGUGAUCCCAAUUCCGAAAACUCAAACUGUGAUGAGGCCAGUGAUUUUGAGUUACAGAGUGCCUUCAAUAACAAACCACAUAUUAUGUACCAGAAGCUGAUUAUUAAACAUUGCCACUUAAAAAAAUUAAGCUUAUGGGGUUGCUCUGGAUUAGAUGCCCUUUUUUUAAACUGUCCGGAACUCAAUGAUCUGAAUUUGAAUUCCUGUAGAAACUUACGUCCAGAUACUUUGCUACUUCAAUGCCCCAAGUUAGAAAGUGUGCAUGCCUCAGGGUGUCAAGAGUUAAUGAUUGGGACCAUUCAGAGCCAGGUCAAUUGUGACUCUGCUGCUGUGGAGAAUCAGUAUGCAUUUAAACGUUCAGCUGAUGGCUCAAAGAGAGUUUGGUUGCCACAUUCUUAUAGCCAGCAGCCAUCUGACAAUGAUAUGAAGCGGCGGAGGGUUGGAAGACGGCAAUGUAACAUCCUUGUAAACUGAUCAAAAUUUUUUUAGGACACCAUUCUUUCUGUACACGGUGCAACUUCUUGUUAGUUUUGAUGUUAAUUUAUAGAGGCAAUUAACCCUGGAUGGAUGGGUGGAAGGAAAUGGUUGUAAUUGUUUGAAUUGGUGGCUAGUGGGGGCAGCUACCUUGUAGAAAUGCAUUUUCUCAAAGCACGAGUGAGGCUUAGUUUAGAAGUACAAGCCAUAUUGUAAGAAACUGACCGCGGCUUUGGUCUCGAGACUUAUAUUGGUUGCCCAAUCCUUAAAAAUAAGAAGAGCUUAUAAUUUUAUAACAUCA